AUGCCUCCUAACAACUUUCGCCAUUCAUCCUCUACAUCUGCCUUGGGGAGCAGUCCCCGAGGUCCCCAUCCCUUAUCUACAAAUGGUGUUCCCAGCCCUUCUUCGGGGAGAAGGAUCGGAACGGUUGGCGCAAAUUCUGCCAGCGCCAUCGAUCUCACUCGGACGAAUAUCCGUACUCCACCUCCCGUUCCUGAUAAACGUCCACUGUGUAUAGGUGCUAUCAUGUCGCGCGCUCUCAUCUUUUACCCCACUCCCCCUAUUUUCACUGGCAAUCGCGCUCCUCAAGGCUCGCCCGAGCAGUGGGACGUCAUCGAUUAUCUGGGAGCUGAACUCAUAAAGGUCAAGCUCAAAUAUCGCAAGGCUGGAGCAGCGCCACGGAGGGAUGAGGUUUGGACCUCUGUGACACGUGACGCGAUACAAGUCAUGACCCCGGGAAUGACUUCAUAUCUUGGUGAUCUUGAUGCCUCACUCGCGGCAACUUUGAUACCUCACAUGGCCAAGGGAGUUCUUCGGUUAGAAGGUUUUGCUCAACGUUUACCACCGGGAGAGCAUGUGUAUGAAAUGCGUCUGAGCGUCCUCCUUUUUACUCUUCCCGCAAAUGUCAGAUAUCUUAUCGAUGCCUUGGCCAAUCACGAAUUAUACCCCCUCGACCCAACGCCCCCUUACGAUCCCCGGCGUCACUCCGGCAACCCUCCUUAUCGAAAUGGAUAUGGCAGUGGUGCCGAAGCAAUGCGAAUGUAUCUCCUCGCUCAGAGUCGGCGUACUCAGUCAUCUUACGGCCUCUCGCAAGGUUCACAGGAUCGUGUGAGUCAGGUUGAAGUUCAGCGAAAACAGGUGGAUGAAGUCUUCAAAAGUCUUGAUAAUGGUGCCGAGCUGGAACAAUCUGAUCCUGGUCCGUUCAUAAAAACCGACCUCUUCCCGCAUCAACGUAUUGCUUUGACCUUUCUGCUGCAACGUGAGCAGGAUUGGUCAGCUCUGAAACGGGCUCGGAAGUAUGCCGAUAAGGCUUUACACAAGAGCAAGUCAAAACGGGCGUCGAGCGUGGAAGUCGAGGAUGCAGGGAGAAAAGGAAAUUCAAAUCACUCUCUCUGGGAACCGAAAGUCACUGAGAAGAGCAAGCAUAAGGUAUGGCGGAACAAGGUCACAGGGGAUGAGAUACGGACGCGUCGACCCAAAGAAGGGAAGGGCGCUAUCUUGGCGGAUGAUAUGGGUCUGGGUAAAACUCUUUCGAUUGUUUCCCUCCUCGCAGCUACUCGCCAAUCUGCCCAGAAGUGGGCCAAAACGGAGAUGGACGACAUUGAUCCCGUGACUGAUGAGGAAGAUGGGGAGGAAGGUAUCAAAGCUUCUGCAAUCGGUACAAAGGUCUUCGGUAUGCCUGAUCUUGAUCCGGAGGAGGAGUUGUCUUCCAAACCGAAGAAAAGAAAACGCAACGACGAAGCUAGUCGUUUGCUCGCAGCGCGUAGAGGAAAGAUCGUCAAACGCGCCAAGGCUACGCUGCUAGUAUGUCCCAUGUCGACCAUCACCAAUUGGGAGGAACAAAUCAAGGAGCACUGGAAUGGCAAGGUGGAGAUCUACGGCGGGCCCACUGGCCUCCCUCCUCAGCAGAUGAAGUUGGACAAAUGGAUGGCCCCAAAGAAAGGCAAAGAGUCGGAAGAAGACGAACUGGACGAAGAUUGGGACACUAUUCGUGUAUACGUUUACCAUGGACCUGGAAGAACGGCUGAUCCACAUUUCCUUGCCGAAUUUGAUAUCGUCAUCACUACUUAUCACACUUUAGCCGGUGAAUUCUCGAAGCAAGGUGGGGAAGAUGAAUCGACACCGGGAGACACAGCUCAGAAUAGCGGCGACGAAGAACCAGCCGAGAUUUUCGGAGAUACUUCCCUGAACCCACGGGCUGUAUUUCCUGAAGUGGAAGCCGAGAUCAAGGCGGUGGAAGUUGCGCAAGCUCUGCAAAAGAAGAAGAAAGGCAAAUCCGCCAAAUCCAGCAAGACCUCGACCCCCGGGGAUCAACGAAGUCCUUUGCAGGCUAUCGAUUGGUUUCGUAUCGUACUUGACGAAGCCCAUUACAUCAAAUCGCCUGCCACUGUAGCAUUCAAAGCUUCGUGCGCCCUCGAAGCCGACCGACGUAUCUGUUUGACGGGUACGCCCAUUCAGAACAAGAUCGAAGAUGUGUGGGCGUUGUUCAAAUUCCUUCGACUUGGACCUGUAGAUCAAAAAGAGUGUUUCACGAAAUUCAUCAGCAAUCCCUGUAAAUUUGGAGAACAAAUCGGUGUUGCUCGAUUACAAUUAGUCAUGCGAUGUUGUACCUUACGACGGACCAAAGAUUCCACGAUGGAGAACGGAAAGAGGAUACUAAAUCUUCCUCCGAGAAAAGAAGUACAACUAUGGCUGGAUCUUGCGGAAGACGAACGGGCUGCAUAUGACGAGAGAGCCAAUCGUAUCAAACAAAAAGUCACGGAAUUACGAGCGACGAAUCAACUAUCCAAGAAUUUCGCCAAUGUAUUACAAGAGGUCCUGCGUUUAAGACAGAUUUGCGACCAUGUGGAUCUUGCACGCUCAGGUGCGGUGGAGGAAGACUAUGACGGCACAGUGAUGGAUUACACCCUUGCCGUGCAGGGCAUCGAAAGAUAUGGUUUGACUCAAGCACGUGCUGUGUCGGUCGUAUGUUUUCUCAAAGACGGAGCGGGAGCACAGUGUCUGGCGUGCGGAUAUGAUUAUGGAGAUUAUUUCCCAUCGCUAGGUCUUGUCGGUGUGGAAGAUCCUCAGACGGAGAAGGACAGAGUAAAGAAAAUGCCUCAUCGUCCUCUUCUCACCAAAUGUCUGCAUCUCUAUUGUCCAAAAUGUUUCAAAGCGAACGUUUACCCUGAUUGGUCCAAACGGAUGCGCGAGGCCCCCGCAAGGGAAUGUCAUCAAUGUCGAGCGGCUUUGCGUCUAUCAACAGACGUUUUAGAGGUUUCUCCACCUGGUUCUGAGAAUACAGAAACUACAGAUCAACCGAAGAAAGUGGUGAGGCAAAAAUACGUUCGUCCUCCAGGUCAAAAACCUGAUUUGAGUACGAAAAUGAGAUGGUUGUUACAGGAAUUGAUGGGACAUUCCAAGAGGAAUCCCAAUUCACCGCAUUAUGAUCCUUUUGCUUUGGACAGCGGGGACGUGGAGGAAUUGGAUGAAGAGGGGAAGCCUUUUGUCACGAAAAGUGUUGUAUUUUCUCAGUGGACUACGAUGUUGGAUCGUAUUGGGGAUAUGCUGGAUGAAGCCAACAUUCGUUAUGCCCGUUUGGACGGUACGAUGACGAGAGAAGAACGUGCAAGGGCAACGGAGCAAUUGCGCACCAAUAAGAAAGUCGAGGUCUUGCUAGUUUCUACUCGUGCUGGUGGUGUCGGUUUGAAUCUCACAGCGGCGUCAAGAUGUUAUCUCGUGGAUCCAUAUUGGAACCCAUCGGUUGAAUCUCAAGCAAUUGAUCGUAUCCACCGUAUGGGUCAAACUCGUCCAGUGGUAGCGGUAAAACUCAUGAUUAACGAUUCUAUAGAAAAACGUCUUGACGAAAUCCAAAAGAAGAAAGCGAAUUUGGCUCAGUUGUCUUUGAAAAACAUGUCGAGAAAAGAAUUGAUGGAGCAAAAAGCGGAAGAAUUGGCUAGUUUGUUCAAGUGA